GUUCGCCCCUGUCCAAAUGCAGUGAUAAUUUCUCCUUUAAGAAAGUUGUGGGCUGGACAUUAUUUGUUGAAUUUUUCUUCAGAAUUGACAGGAGUUUCCUUUGAAAGUCAGAGAAGACAGAGAAGUGAUAUUUGAUGACCAAAAAGAUGUCAGACUCUGGUGUCAAUCCACACUUGGAGGGGAUUAUUUCUGAUUUUGAAGCUCUGAAGAGGUCAUUCGAGGUGGAGGAUGUUGACACUUCUGCCCAUUCUUCCCCCGGUUCCCGCCGGACAACUGGCGGUCCUCACCGUAAUGCCAUGUCCCCUACCAGCAUCUACUACCGAGACCUGGGCACCGCCGCCAACAACAACAACGUCAACUACACUCAGCCUCGCUCCAUCAUGGGCGGCGGGGGACCCAGGACCCCUGAGCCUGUGUCGAGGCGUUCUGAACUCUCCAUCGAUAUCUCGCCGUCGUCCAGCAGGCAGGCGGACGGCAUCUCCAGCCCUGCUUCGGCUCGCCUCGUCACCAACAGUGUCCUGAAGCGCCCUGAUGUUCUGGGUCACUCCAAGCCCCCAGAGGCGAGCCAUAAGAGGGAGGUGACGUUCGCCAAAGCUCCCACUGAUUCUCCGGUGACCCGACGCAACGACGGCCACACUAACAACGGGACCAGUCGGACCACAGACCAGAAUCAUGUCCGCAGUCCUGGGGAUGUACGUAAACCAGAUAUCAGCAUUACCAGACCUCCGCCCGAGAACAAUGGCCACCAUCUACCAGUGCACCACCCACAUCACCCCAACCCACACCACAACACCAUCGUGACCACCAUCCGCUGCUCUUCACCCAGCCAUCCCGGACGCAAGUCCCCGAACCCUGACAGGUCAGAGGUCAAUCUUAGUCACAGCAUGUCGGAGUCCAAGCCCCACCACCCCAGUCCUCAGGUCAAGGGGGACAAGAGCAACGACAGCGACUUCACCUACGUGGGCAUCGAUGCCAUCCUGGAGCAGAUGAGGAGGAAGGCCAUGAAACAGGGGUUUGAGUUCAACGUCAUGGUUGUCGGUCAAAGUGGUCUGGGUAAAUCGACUCUAAUGAACACCCUGUUUAAAUCCAAGGUGAGCCGUAAAUCUGUUCAGCCCAAACCCGAGGAGAGGAUUCCCAAGACCAUCGAGAUCAAGUCCAUCAGUCACGAUAUUGAGGAGAAAGGAGUGAGAAUGAAGCUGACUGUAAUUGACACUCCAGGAUUUGGAGAUCAGAUCAACAAUGAAAACUGCUGGCAGCCCAUCAUGAAGUUCAUCAAUGACCAGUACGAAGCCUACCUGCAGGAGGAGAUCCACAUAGACAGGAAGAAGAGGAUCCCAGACUCCAGAGUCCACUGCUGCAUUUACUUCAUUCCUCCCACAGGCCACUGUCUCUCCGACUUGAAUGUGUUUUGACUGAGUGAGUUGAAAAUAGUAAAUAUAAUUUUUCUGUUGCCCAUCUGCUCUGACAUCAUGUCUCCUGCCGCCGUGUUCUACUGUCUACAGAUCAGAGAAGAACUGCGAGCCAAUGGGAUCGACGUCUACCCUCAGAAGGAGUUUGACGAGGAUGCAGAGGACAGGAUGAUCAACGACAAAAUCAGGGAAAUGAUCCCUUUUGCUGUAGUGGGCAGCGACCAGGAAUACCAGGUGAACGGGAAGAGGAUUCUGGGAAGGAAAACAAAGUGGGGCACCAUAGAGGUUGAGAAUAUUGCACAUUGUGAGUUUGCCUACCUACGAGACCUGCUCAUCAGGACACACAUGCAGAACAUCAAAGACAUCACAGGCAGCAUCCACUAUGAGACGUACCGCGUCCGCAGGUUAAACGAAUCCAACGGCCAUUUCACAGUGGAGCCCAAAGCCAACGGUCAGCCCACGGAGCUGCCCGCCGUCCUGCAGAACAAUGGGGUGGCCGCCCAGCUUGAAGUCCUGUCCCACGAGAUGUAGACACUCCUGUGUGCGGACGACGUACUCGCACAUACCGUUUGUUUACAUGAUCACGAACCACACGUACACACUUUUUAAAAAGUGACUGCAUCACCACAACGUUAUCAGGUUCAGGACACAGGACUCAGGGUAAACGGUUCAUUCUGAGGUUCUUGUUUGUCUUUAAAUCAUUAUCACAGUCUUCACGACAGAACGGCAAAAAAAUCCACAACACAAAUGACAGUACAUUCAGGGCUGCUUCACCAUGUACCACUGGUGCUGAAGGCUGGGUACAAAACAUGACAACAAUAGUCAGCUUCAGUUCCUGUGUUUACUCUUAGAGCAUCUGCAGCCGCGAGAACAAACAUUUGAAAGAAGGAACAGAUCAGAAUAAUCACAGCGUGGUUCCAGAUCAGCCCUGAACAAAACUGUUGGAGCCACUGCUCUGUAUUGUAAUGUGGUGUAUAGUCCUGUAUAGACCCGAGUGAUGUAGUAAAGUAGGUUAAUAAUAUAAUGGAGGAAGUGAACAUGUUGCAGACACCUCUGCACUGCCAAUGAAAACCAAAGUAGUCGCAGUGAAGAGAAGAGACGAGAAGAUCUGGGUAGAAAAAAAAUCAGAAAGAUUCCUCUGGCGUUGAUUUCUUUUUUUUGUCAUGUUUUUAAAAGUGUAUUUGCCAAAUGACCCUGUGUGUUUCUAUGUAAUGCCAAUAUUGUGUAACAGUCAUACCUUUCAUUUUUACAUCGCUCAUUUACUAUUGUAUUUUUUAUUGCUCUUGUUCUGGCUCUAACCUUGUCGUGUGGGGAUGUGGCGGCGGCGGAGGAACGUGUGCGUUUGUGGAACCGUUUAACCAGUUGUUGUUUUUUGUUUUUGUUUUAGUUUUUUUCUCACCAUAAACCAAAUAAAAGUGAUUUUGUCUUCGGUUCUUAAGAAAAGCACAUGCAGUAUAUAGAGUUGAUUUAUGAAUAGGUAUUUAUGUUGUCGUUGUUCAGUGUGAAGAGCAGAAAUCCACUCGUCAUUCCAACCUCCAGACGUCUUGUUCUUCUUCUUGGUUUUUGUGUAGCUGCACUCAUUUAAAUAAGUCACUGCUGGCUCGCUGCUGCCCCUAGAGUUAACCUGCUAGUGAAGUGGUCCGUGUUUGUCUAACUCAGCAGCGGUGUCUACCCGACAACCUCUCGUCUGACGAGGACAGUUUAGUCAGUCUGUGUAACCGACCUGAAACCACAACCUUAAACACACGUUAUUUACCCUGAUUACAAACAUCCAACGUUGGUUUUUAAUGCUAAAAAAAUGUUCCAUACAUGUGAAAAAAAUCUAAAUUUCCCUUUUGUCCAUAGAAAAAAAUAACAACAUUGUAGUUGACACUCUGUUUACUGUUGUAAAGUUCCUGUGUAAUUUGUUAUGGUAUUAUAGAUGAUCACUUUAUCUUUGGUUUGAUAUCUCCAAGAAUAAAGACUGAUAUUUUUAUUGUUCCAACA